UUAUUAGCAUUCUAUUUAACUUAAUAUUGUACAUGCUUACGUGUAAAAAACAUGACGUCGUUUGUACAGGACACGAUUGCAAUAAUUUUAUUGAUGUUGUUCUGGAGGGGGCGUGUUCGUUAUGCAAGGACGCUUCUUUAGUGUGCUGUAAUUCAGUGCAACACUGCUUUUUACUACGCUAAGAGCUUUAUUGAGUGUACUCAUUCGUGCACAUUUUAUCAAACUGGAGCUUUGAUUUAAAGAUUUGUCCCAGGCAGGUAACUUUAGGAUCCAGUGGCUCAUUGACCUGCACAAAACACACAAAUCAUCUCAUCUAGGGUUUCUGCAGUAAAGAUGGCAGCCUCUUUGCUCAGGGUAGGACGGCUCGGAUCUAUCAGGUGUCUGCAGACGGAGGGCUUGAGCUCUAUCAGAAGAGCUCCAGCUGUAGCUUUCAGCUCCAAAUCUGGGGACAGCAAGAAGUCCAAAAAGUCCAACAAAGAAAAAGCAGCACCAAAAACUUACUUCGAUAUAGAAAAACUUGUCCAGCACAAAUCAUAUGUGGAAUUCCCCAAGAAAGAGGUUGCAGCUUCAGUUGCUGCUGCUUCUGUUGCUGCCCCUCCACCUGAACCAGUUGUAACUGCCACAGCGCCUGCAGCCAAAGCUGCUGCAUCCAGAGCUGAAGCCGUUGUCCCCGCAGUUGAAGUCAUUCCUGUAGUUGAAGCUGCUGCCCCCGCAGUUGAAGCCACUCCUGUAGUUGAAGCCACUGCCCCAGUAAUUGAAGCCACUGCCCCAGUAAUUGAAGCCACUGCCCCGGUAGUUGAAGCCCCAGAAGUUGAAGUCGCUGCCCCAGUAGCUGAAUUAACCGCCCCAGUAGUUGAAGCCGUGGCCCCUGUAGUUGAAGCCGCUGCCCCAGUAUUUGAAGCAACCACCCCAGAAGUUGAAGCCGCGGCCCCUGUAGUUGAAGCAACCACACCAGUAGUUGAAGCCAUGGCCCAUGUAGUUGAAGCCGCUGCCCCAGUAGCUGAAGCAACCACCCCUGUAGUUGAAGCAACCACACCAGUAGUUGAUGCCGUGGCCCCUGUAGUUGAAGCCGCGGCCCCUGUAGUUGAAGCCGCGGCCCCUGUAGUUGAAGUCUUUGCCCCAGUAGCUAAAGAAACCGCCCCUGUAGUUGAAGCCACUCCUGUAGUUGAAGCCACUCCUGUAGUUGAAGCCACUCCUGUAGCUGAAGCCGCCACUCCUGUAGCUGAAGCCGCCACUCCUGUAGCUGAAGCAGCUGCCCCUGUAGCUGAAGCCGCCACUCCUGUAGCUGAAGCCACUCCUGUAGCUGAAGCAGCUGCCCCUGUAGCUGAAGCCGCCACUCCUGUAGCUGAAGCCACUCCUGUAGCUGAAGCCGCCACUCCUGUAGCUGAAGCCACUCCUGUAGCUGAAGCCGCCACUCCUGUAGCUGAAGCCACUCCUGUAGCUGAAGCCGCUGCCCCUGUAGCUGAAGCCGCCACUCCUGUAGCUGAAGCAGCUGCCCCUGUAGCUGAAGCCACUCCUGUAGCUGAAGCAGCUGCCCCUGUAGCUGAAGCCGCCACUCCUGUAGCUGAAGCCGCUGCCCCUGUAGCUGAAGCCGCCACUCCUGUAGCUGAAGCAGCUGCCCCUGUAGCUGAAGCCGCCACUCCUGUAGCUGAAGCCACUCCUGUAGCUGAAGCCACUCCUGUAGAUGAAGCAGCUGCCCCUGUAGCUGAAGCCGCCACUCUUGUAGUUGAAGCCACUCCUGUAGCUGAAGCUGCUGCCCAUGAAGUUGAAGCCACCCCUGCUGGUGAAGCCACUGCAGCUCCUGAAGCCCCUGCUUCACCAGCCUCUGAAGAUGCACCUACAGAAGAUGCCCCUGUCCAGGAACCAAUUGCUGAGGUUGUAGAAGCUGUCAGUGAAGUAGUUGCAGAAGUUGUGGUGGAAGCUUCCCCAGUUCUAGAGGCUGUCGCUGAGGUAGUUGGAGAAUCUGGUCCCAUUGAGCCGGUCGCAGAGGCAGCUCCUGCUGAAGAGCUGAUAGAUCCUGCCCCUGUGAUCUCAGAUGCUACUGAAGUUCCAGCAGAAGUUGUGGAGACGCCUGAGGCUGGAUUGGACCCCAUUCAGAAAAUUUUCCUGGAUUCAAUUCGUGCAUACUCCACAAAAAGCGGUUCCGCUGGUGGUUUAGUUGAUGCCGGUCCAGAGUAUCAGAAGGCUCUUGCUGAGGAAAUAACUAAACUGCAGCGGUUGUACGGUGGUGGUGAUCUGUCUUCCUUCCCUGACUUCAAAUUCCCUGAGCCUAAAUUUGAUGAUGUGUCUUCCAAGUAAAAUUCUGAUCCUCUCCUGUGCCAAUUUUGUGAAAGAAGUCUAUUAAAUGUCUUUAAUCUGUAAAAGUGAACCUUUUGUGAGACUCUUACUAAAUAGCUAUUUUUCAAAUAUUCUUAUGUCUGAUGGACAAAACGACCUGUGUUAUAUAUAAUGCAUACAUGGAAGAAAGCAUAAGCUUAGCUGUGGAAUAAAUGCUUGUUGCUUUUCAUAAUGUUUGUUAGUGUAAAAUACCUGGGAAAAGAGCUGAAUAAACUGAGCCGCACAUCUUC